UUUUCGAAAAGAAAAGUUAGGAAAGAAAAGUUUGUUAAUUUGGUUGAAGACACUGAUCUGUGUGAUACAUUUUUCGUGGGUGUGGUAAACUGUGAAAAUGAACCACAUGAAAUGAUUAAUGUUAUCACUGAAGAUAAAUGGAUAGCACCAUUGCAAAUUAAUGGCACAAUGAUCAACAUGAAAUUGGACACUGGUGCUAAAGCAAACCUGAUCAGUUUGUCUGAUAUUAAAAAAAUGAGAAAUAAGCCAAAGGUGGAGAGUAAAAUGGUGACACUCAGAGAUUAUAAUGGAAAGAGCAUAAAAUGUUUGGGAACAUGUCAACUGAAAGUGACUGUCAAAGGAAAAAAGCAUCAUCUAUAUUUCUCUGUUGUUAGUGAAGGUCUGGACUCUCUGCUAGGUGACAAAGCCUGUGAAGAUUUGCAGCUGGUGAAAAGAGUGAAUCAUAUUAACACAACCGUGAGUACAGCAGAUAAUUCUGUUGAUUCUAUCGUGCAAAACUAUGCAGAUGUGUUUAAAGGAUUUGGUGUGUUACCAUUCACAUAUAAAAUCCAGCUGAAAGAAAAUGCAAAACCAGUCGUACAUCCUGCUCGAAGAGUUCCCACACCAUUAAGAGAUAAAGUAAAGAAAGAGCUGGAACGCAUGACUAUGCUGGGGGUGAUUAAAAAAAUUGAAGAACCAACAGACUGGGUCAGCUCGAUGGUGUGUGUGAAAAAAAAGAAUGGGGAACUAAGAUUGUGUAUGGAUCCAAAGGAUUUGAAUGAAAGCAUUAAACGUGAACAUUACCAGAUACCCAAAAGUGAAGAGAUCACAAGUGAAAUGGCAGGUGCCAAGUAUUUCACAAAAUUAGACGCUUCACAAGGUUUUUGGCAGCUGAAACUUGAUGAAAGUAGCAGUAAAUGCUGUACCUUUAAUACUCCUUUUGGAAGAUACUGCUUCUUGAGACUACCCUUUGGAAUAAUCUCUGCAUCCGAGAUCUUUCAUAAAGCAAUGGAGCAGAUUAUUGAAGGACUUGAAGGAGUUAGAGUAUAUGUUGAUGACAUCAUCAUCUGGGGUUCUACUCUUAAAGAGCGUAAUGAGAGGCUUGUAAAAGUAUUUGACCGCAUAGAAAGUCAUGGACUAAAACUUAACAAAAGUAAAUGUCAUUUUGGGGUUGAAGAAAUCAUUUUUUUAGGAAAUAAGUUGUCAGCACAAGGUGUUCAGCCAAGUCAAGAGAAAAUAAAUGCCAUACUCAACAUGCCAAGACCCAAAGAUAAAACUGGAGUACAGCGCAUCAUGGGAAUGGUGAACUUUAUAGGAAAAUUUAUUACAAAUCUUGCAGCUAGAACAUCUAGCAUUCGACNCAGCAGAAAAGUUGCACUACUGCUGACGAUAGCAGGUCCACAAGCCAUUGAAGUGUACAACACCUUUGUUUUUGAUAAUGAAGAAGACAAAGACAAGUUGGAUAAGGUAUUUGAGCAUUUUGAUGCACACUGCUCGCCAAAGAAAAAUGAAACUUACGAGAGAUAUAUGUUUCGAUCUCGUGUACAGCAACAACAUGAACCGUUUGAUGGUUUUCUGACUGAUCUACGGCUGAAAGCUCAGACAUGCAACUUUGGAACACUGAAAGACUCUAUGAUUCGUGACCAAAUUGUGUUUGGUGUUGAAGACAAGUCGGUUCGUGAAAGGCUGUUGAGAGAAUCAGAGCUUACUAUGGAAGCAGCUGUAAAGAUUUGCCAAGCCAGUGAACUCUCCCGGAUUCACCUGAGGACUUUCAACAAAGUAGAGGACCAUCCAAACAUGGAGAGUGAAACUGUAGCAGUUGGUGCAGUUUCCAAUAAAUGGAAACAUCGAAAACAGAAUCGACAUGUACAGCACUUGGAAGAUGACACGUAUGCUUGCAAACGAUGUGGUUCUCGACAUAAGUUGAAACAAUGUCCUGCUUAUGGCAAGCAAUGUUCUCUGUGUGGAGGAAAAAA